AUGAUACAUAGCUAACCUUAAAAUAUAAUAAAAUAGUAUGUGUUUCUAUUGCCUUCGUGUUUUCUUUACGAAAAUCUUUACUUCUAGCUCAUACUUAAUUGUUCGUUUUCUAAACAUUUAUUUUAUAGUUAAUCAUGACUACUAGUAAAAAGAAGACCAGGAAAUUGAGAGGACAUGUAAGUCAUGGACAUGGUCGUGUAGGAAAACAUAGGAAACAUCCAGGAGGUAGAGGUAAUGCUGGUGGUAUGCACCAUCAUAGGAUUAAUUUUGACAAAUACCAUCCUGGUUAUUUUGGAAAGCUGGGUAUGAGAAACUAUCAUUUAAGAAGAAAUUCAAAAUGGUGUCCAUCCAUAAAUUUAGAACAACUGUAUACUUUAAUUCCAGAAGAAACUAGACAAAAGUAUGAAAAUAACAAAGAAAAAGCAGUUGUCAUUGAUGUUGUUCGUAAGGGAUAUUACAAAGUUUUGGGCAAGGGCAAUCUUCCCAAGCAACCAGUCAUUGUUAAAGCUAAAUUCUUUUCCAAGGUUGCUGAAGAAAAAAUAAAAAAAGUUGGAGGUGUUUGUGUACUCCAGGCAUAACUUGUAUAUGAAUGAAUGACUAUUAUUAAAUAUAAUAAAACAACUGUUUUUAAAAAAAACAA